UUAGCAUCGAUGAGAAGAUACAGUGCGAGCCCUGUCCCCAAAUGUCUUCUACUGAUGUUCCUGGGCUGGAUGGGGCUGAAGUAUUAUCAAGUGAAUGCAGCUCAGCUUAGAGAGUACCGUAUAGCUGCUCAGCUGGAAGACUGGGAUUACAACCUUCAACCUGAGGAGUUAUCCAGAUUAUCAGAGUCAGAUCUUGCAUUUCAAAAAAUUGUCUAUAGAGAAUAUGAAGUAGAUUUCAAACAAGAAAAGCCAAGAGAUGAGCUCUCAGGGCUCCUAGGGCCAACACUACGUGGCGAAGUGGGAGACAUCCUCAUCAUUUAUUUCAAGAAUUUUGCUACUCAGCUUGUGAACAUUCACCCGCAGAGUGCUGUGUACAACAAAUGGUCAGAAGGGUCUUCAUAUUCUGAUGGGACAUCAGAUAUGGAAAGACUGGAUGAUGCUGUGCCUCCAGGCCAGUCGUUCAAAUAUGUAUGGAAUAUCACUGCAGAAAUUGGGCCAAAAGAAGCUGAUCCUCCCUGUCUCACUUAUGCCUACUACUCACAUGUAAACAUGGUGCGAGACUUUAAUUCUGGUCUCAUUGGUGCUUUGCUGAUAUGUAAAGAAGGAAGCCUGAAUGCAGAUGGUACACAGAAACUAUUCAACAGAGAAUAUGUGCUGAUGUUUGCUGUGUUUGAUGAAAGUAAGAACUGGUACAAAAAGUCCUCCCUCCAAUACACAAUUAAUGGGUAUGCUAAUGGAACCUUGCCUGAUGUUCAGGCUUGUGCUUAUGAUUAUAUUAGCUGGCAUUUGAUAGGAAUGAGUUCCAGUCCUGAGAUCUUCUCUGUCCACUUCAAUGGACAAACCUUGGAACAAAACCAUUACAAAGUGUCAACCAUCAACCUUGUUGGAGGUGCCUCAGUAACAGCCAACAUGUCAGUAAGCAGGACAGGAAAAUGGCUAAUAUCUUCUCUGGUUGCAAAGCAUCAACAAGCUGGAAUGCAUGGUUAUCUAAAUAUCAAAGACUGUGGAAAUCCAGAUACUUUAACAAGAAGGUUAUCCUAUAAGGAACAGAGGAUGAUUAAAAACUGGGACUAUUUCAUUGCUGCAGAAGAAAUCACCUGGGAUUAUGCUCCAGAAAUUCCUAGCAGUGUUGACAGGAGAUAUAAAGCUCAGUAUCUGGAUAAUUUUUCAAAUUUUAUUGGCAAGAAAUACAAAAAGGCUGUUUUCAGGCAAUAUAAAGACAGCAGCUUCAGUAAACCGACUUAUACCACUUGGCCCAAAGAACGUGGAAUUCUGGGCCCUGUUAUCAGAGCUGAAGUCAGAGACACAAUAAGUAUUGUAUUCAAAAAUUUGGCCACUCGACCUUACAGUAUUUAUGUGCAUGGAGUUUCCGUUUCAAAAGAUGCAGAAGGAGCUAUUUAUCCUUCAGAUUCCAAAGAGAAUAUAACUCAGGGCAAAGCUGUUCAACCAGGAGAAGUCUACACAUAUAAAUGGACUGUGCUUGAUAUAGAUGAACCCACAGCAAAGGAUUCUCAGUGCAUUACUAACUUAUAUCAUAGUGCUGUGGAUAUGACAAGAGAUAUUGCCUCAGGACUGAUUGGGCCACUUCUGGUUUGUAAACGCAAGGCGCUCGACAGCAAGGGGGUACAGAAAAAAGCUGAUGUGGAACAGCAUGCCGCCUUUGCAGUGUUUGAUGAAAACAAGAGCUGGUACUUGGAAGACAAUAUCAAGGAAUACUGCAGCAAUUCCUCCACUGUUAAGAGAGAUGACCCCAAAUUUUACAAGUCCAAUGUUAUGUACACACUCAAUGGCUAUGCAUCAGAUAGAACAGAUCCUUUGGGGUUUCGUCAGUCUGAAAUUGUUGAAUGGCACCUCAUCAGUGUAGGUACAAUGGAUGAGAUUAUUCCAGUACAUCUUUCUGGUCACACCUUCUUAUUCAAGGAAAAACAUCAAGAUAUUUUGAAUCUUUUCCCCAUGAGUGGUGAAUCAGCUACUGUAACCAUGGACAAUCUAGGUACCUGGCUUCUGUCAUCAUGGGGUUCCCGUGAGAUGAGCAAUGGCAUGAGACUGAGAUUUCUGGAUGCCAAUUACGAUGAUGGAGAUGAAAAGGAGGAAGAGGAUGAUGAUGAUAUUCUUGCCAACGUUGUCAGUUUUGGCUCUUCAGAAGUACCAGUAAUAGAAAAGAAAGAAAAGGACCAAAGAAGUGUAGUAUCAGACACAGAAACAGAUGACAUAGCAAAAGAAUAUGGAUUUUUCGAUGGAGAAGAUAGUCAAGAAGAAUCAAGCAAGGAACAGGAGGAGGAUUAUGAAGAACAACUAAUGAUAGCUUCCAUGCUUGGCCUUCGAUCAUUUAAUGGGUCAGUUGCUGAAGAAGAAGAAUUGAAUCUCACAGCUCUAGCUAUACAAGAAGAUGCCUAUACUUCUGGUGAUGUAUCUGGUGAUGUAUCUCAUCUAGUGUCAACAAAGAGCUGUGAUACUCUGCAUGAUAAUGAAGAACUGAGAACUCAAAAUAAUUCUUGUGUAACUGCAUCUGAGACAAUCUAUGCUAAUUAUACAUCUUCAGCAGGAGAAAUUUUAAUUUCAAAUAUCACUGCAGUGAUUGGCAUCUUGCUAUCUAAGAAAAGCCAAAAUGAAGAGAAUAUUACUCAGAUUUCAGAUAGCUACAAACAAAUGCUUGCUGCUGAAUAUUUAAAAACAGAUAGAGAACUCCAGAGCAAAGAUAUAGAAGAUUUAAUGUCCCUUGAAAUAAUCUCUUCCAUGAAGGAGCAAAAAGAAAAUACAUUUGAAAAAGAUAUUUGGGAUAAAAAGAGAGAAAGACAAGUUUUGACAGAGGCAACUUUGCAUGCUCUUAAAGAGAUGUAUGCUCUACUCUUUCAUGUACAACAAAAAAGAAAUAUUUCUGCUUUCAACAUUACAAGUGAGGACACAAAAUUUCUUUCUAGUACAGAAAAUGAUUCUACCUUAGAUAACUCAAAAGCCAAUUACUUUUCAUAUGAUUAUGAUUAUAAAGAAGGAGAAAUAGUAGCAGCAAAUGUUGAGUUUGCCAAAGUUAUAACAAAUAUAACUUCAGCUGAUAAAGAAACAGUGGAAAACAAUAGAUCUAAGUCAAAUCUUGUUUCAGUACCUUCUAUAAUGCCACAGUCUGAAAAUUUGACUUCAGAUGCCACAUUAGAUAAUUUUGUUUCUACAACAAUUUCAAAGAUUACAAAAAUUCACAAAAGUUCAUAUCACCAGAGAAAGAAAUGCCUCCCUAAAAACACAGACAUGGAAUGGAAUGUUGUCCACAAGAAAGAAAGUGACAAUAUCACUAAUGAUGCUGACAAUAAAUUCCACAACAGCAGCAGAAAUGCCUCAUUUUAUCAAGAAAAUGCCAUGUUCCCUGGCAAAAGAAAAGAGAAAACAUAUAACUAUAACGGUCAAGUUGAAUUGGGCCAACCAGGAAUUAAUAAUAAAUAUGAAGCUCAGAAAGAUGAGAACUGCUCUGUCAAUAUAUCUCGACCUUUUUUAAAAGUCCAACGGAAGAAAAAAAAGCCAAAUGUUUUAACUCCAAGGACUUCCAAGCCUCUAGUCCUACCUGGAAAUCUCAACAGCUCUCAACUUUCCAAUAAACCCAACCACACAAAUUUGCUAAAUGAGGCCAAAUUAACACAAAAACACGAUAAGCCAAUUGUUACAAUAGGUCUUCCAGUGGAAGAUGGUGACUAUCAGGAAUAUGAUAUAGCUAAUAUAGACAAUGAUGAGAGUAGCAGUGGUUCAUUUGAAUAUGAGUUAAUGUAUUAUGAUAAUCCAUAUACCACAGAUUCUAGACUUGACAGUAAUAGUGCACGUAAUCCUGAUGACAUAGCUGGACGCUACCUACGUACUAUCAACCGAGGAAAUAUAAGGAAGUACUACAUUGCAGCAGAAGAAGUGUUGUGGGACUACUCACCCUUCAGAAAAAGUACAGUGAGAAAUCGCGUAACCAGGACCACAUUCAAAAAAGCUAUUUUCCGAAGUUAUCUUGAUGAUACUUUCCAGACACCUAGAACUGGAGGAGAAUAUGAAGAACAACUUGGUCUACUGGGUCCUCUCAUUAGGGCUGAGAUGGAUGAUGUAAUUCAAAUUCAGUUCAGAAAUAAGGCCUCUAGACCAUACUCACUUCAUGCUCAUGGCCUUCUUUAUGAGAAAUCUUCUGAAGGCAGAAGCUAUGAUGACCAGUCUCCUGAGUUUUUCAAAAAGGAUGAUGCAAUCAUGCCAAACGGCACAUACACGUAUGUCUGGCAUGUCACCAAACGGUCAGGACCAACAGACAAAAACCAAAUAUGUAAAUCAUGGGCCUAUUACUCUGGUGUAUAUCCGGAAAAAGAUAUUCACUCUGGUUUGAUUGGACCUAUUUUGAUCUGCCAGAAAGGCACAAUUGACAAGUACAACAGGCCAAUAGACAUAAGGGAAUUUGUCCUGCUUUUUAUGGUCUUUGAUGAGGAGAGAAGCUGGUAUUUUGAAAAAUCUGACAAAAGGACGCGUGCAGAGAAACUUGUAGGAAUCCAAUCUCGCCACACAUUUCCUGCAAUCAAUGGAAUCUCCUACCAGUUGCAAGGCUUGAAGAUGUACAAAGAUGAAAAUGUCCACUGGCAUUUGCUGAACAUGGGUGGACCCAAAGACAUCCAUGUUGUUCAUUUUCAUGGUCAGACAUUCACUGAAGAGGGAAGGGAAGAUAAUCAACUUGGGGUCCUUCCUCUUCUUCCUGGUUCAUUCACCACGAUCAAAAUGAAACCAUCCAAAAUUGGCACAUGGCUUUUAGAAACAGAAGUUGGUGAAUAUCAGGAAAGAGGAAUGCAGGCUCUCUUUACUGUCAUUGAUAAAGAUUGUAAAUUACCAAUGGGUCUGGCAAGUGGGAUAAUACAAGAUUCACAAAUCAGUGCUUCAGGUCAUGUUGGAUAUUGGGAACCUAACCUAGCAAGACUGAAUAAUGCUGGAAAAUAUAAUGCUUGGAGCAUCGUAAAGAAGGAAAAUGAGCAUCCAUGGAUCCAAGUAGACCUACAAAGACAAGUUGUCAUCACAGGUGUUCAGACCCAAGGAGCCAUGCAACUACUGAAAAAUUUGUAUACUGUGGAAUAUUUUGUUACCUACAGUAAAGAUGGGCGAAAGUGGAUUGCUUUUAAAGGAAAACAUCCCAAAACACAAAUGCUUUUUGAGGGUAAUUCAGAUGGUACCCAAGUAAAAGACAACCACAUUGAUCCUCCUAUUAUUGCCAGAUAUAUUAGGCUGCAUCCAACCAAGUUCUACAAUAGACCUACUUUCCGCAUUGAACUGUUGGGUUGUGAAGUUGAAGGGUGCUCUAUGCCAUUGGGAAUGGAAAGUGGGGCUAUCCAGAAUUCAGAGAUUACAGCCUCUUCUUAUAAGAAGACGUGGUGGAGUUCAUGGGAACCAUCCCUUGCACGACUCAAUCUGAAAGGGCGAACAAAUGCUUGGCAACCAAAGGUAAACAACAAAGAUCAGUGGCUACAAAUUGAUUUGCAACAGCUUACAAAAAUAACCAGCAUAAUAAUUCAAGGAGCUACAUCAAUGUCUACAGAAAUGUAUGUGAAAACAUUUUCCAUCCAUUAUACUGAUGGCAAUUCAACAUGGAAGCCUUAUUUGGAUGUUUGCACUUCCAUGGAAAAGGUGUUCACAGGAAAUAUUAACAGUAAUGGACAAGUCAAACACUUUUUCAAACCACCUAUAUUGUCCACGUUCAUUCGUAUCAUCCCAAAAACAUGGAAUCAAUAUAUUGCACUCCGGAUAGAACUGUUUGGUUGUGAUGUGUUUUAAGGCUUGCGCAGAAGACUAUCAAAUCAAGCAACUUCAGUGUUUCAGGUUUUCUUAUACUAACUCUGUUUUUAAAAGGAAACAAAACAAAAGCAUAAUAAAACAGUAUUACCAUAAUAAAGCUAUCCUUUUCAAAAGGUUUUCAGCCACAACUUUCAAAUAGCUUUGAAAAUAUGAAUCAAAAUAACACAACUGAAGUGACUUUACAAUGGAUAAUUCUACUGCCACUUUAAUCCUGAACGUACAUCCUAACACAAUAAAAUC